UAUUCAUUCAUCUUCUUCUUCUUCAUUCUUCAUUGUUGUCUCGAACGAAUCGAAGAUUCAAGCAUUUGAAAAUGAAGAAAAAAACCCCUAAAACAACUACAAAGGGAAGAAGUAAGAAGUUACCACUAAGUGCGAGUAACACCAGACAGUUACAGCUUCAGCUCAGUAAAUUCUCUCUCACACAAUACAAGCCAUUAUUACCAACAACUUCUUCCACCAUUUCUCGCUUCCAGAAUCUUCUAGAUUCAGAAGCCAUUGAAAACCCUUCCUCUUGUGUUAGGGUUACGAAUGAUGCUACUGAAGCAGAUCAAAGAGAUUUCAUUCUCAGUCAAGAUUUCUUCUGUACGCCAGAUUAUAUAACACCGGAUAAUCAGAGAAUUUUGAAUGGUUUGGAUUUCAAUAAGGAUAAUAGUCCUUGCCCUAAAUCGCCGGAGAAAUUGAAUACUACUAAAAGCAAGAGAUGUCGAUUGGACGGUGUAUCGGUAAACCCUCUUAGCCCUACGUAUUCUAGUGACCAUCAACAAGUUGUGGAACUUGGUAAGGACUCUGUUGCCGAGGAAGAAGCUGUUGAUAUAACGAUAGCUUCUGGUAAGCCGAAGGUCCAGAAUUAUGUGUCACAUUCUGCAGCUGCAUUGCGUUGUCGGGCCAUGCCUCCUCCUUGCAUCAGUAACCCCUAUUUAAAAGACGUUUCACAAAAGGAAACCAAGGAUCCCUUUGCAAACCAAAGAUCCAAAUGUGCAGGUCUCUUCCCUAAAUUUACAGCCGUGGACGGGCUCUCCCGUUAUCGCACAGACUUUCACGAGAUUGAGCAAAUUGGUAGAGGGAACUUUAGUUGUGUUUUCAAAGUAUUAAAGCGAAUAGAUGGCUGCUUGUAUGCCGUGAAACGCAGCACAAGACAGUUACAGCUGGAAACAGAAAGAAAAAAAGCUUUGAUGGAAGUCCAAGCUUUGGCAGCCUUGGGUUCUCAUGAGAACAUUGUGGGUUAUUACACUUCAUGGUUUGAAAAUGAACAGCUGUACAUUCAGAUGGAGAUUUGUGAUCAUAGCUUAUCCGUAAAGAAAGGCUCUGAGUUCUUAGCAGAAGGUCAAGUGUUAAAAGCUUUUUAUCAGGUUGCCAAUGCGCUGCGAUUUAUGCACGAGAAAGGAAUAGCUCAUCUUGAUGUUAAACCUGAUAAUAUUUAUGUCAAAAAUGGUGUUUAUAAGCUUGGUGAUUUUGGAUGUGCUACUCUUAUAGAUAGUAGCCUGCCAAUUGAGGAAGGAGAUGCUCGUUAUAUGCCCCAGGAAAUCCUUAACGACAAUUAUGAUCACCUUGACAAGGUUGAUAUUUUCUCCUUGGGAGCUUCUAUUUAUGAACUUGUUCGAAAAUCGCCUUUGCCAGAAUCAGGAGGUCAUUUUUUGAAUCUUAAAGAGGGCAAGUUACCACUCCUGCCCGGUCAUUCAUUACAAUUCCAAAACUUGCUCAAGGCCAUGAUCGAUCCUGAUCCAGUCAAGAGGCCUUCUGCCAGAGAGUUAGUAGAGAACCCAAUUUUCGACAGGGUCUUGAGAACCGCUAAAAAUUGAUCCGCCACACUUUUCCUGCUGGACCAUCAUCUAUGUAGAUCAGUGUUGAUCCUGUCAUGGCCAAUUUUGUGAAUGUCUUUUGGUUAUAUUAUAUAUGCACCUGAUGUUUCUCGCGCAUGGGUGCAAGUUCUGUACAAUGCAUGCACUGGUCCAGUUAGGUAUCUGUUGUACAUUAUAAUUAUAACGACUUAAAAAUGGUACUGUAGUUUACAAAGGAGAACUCUGAAACUUUUGACUGUUGUUUAUUUAUUCUAGAAGUAAAAGAUGUUUGUUGGUUA